CUGCUUCUCAAGAAAGAGAAUAGGAAACAGAAAGCUCUGACACUGGAAAAGUGUCCUUUGCACAAACUUCAGAAGAUUUGGCUUUAAAAGAUGGUAUGACCUGCUGAGGCAGGCUGUUGGGACUGAUAUUCCUUGGAGACAGCAUGCAUCUGAGGAGCAAGAACAGCUAGGAUCAUUCUCUUGUACAGAAGCUCAGAACAAAAUGAAGAAGGGGAGGAACCUGGUUCUCAAGCAAAACCAAGCAACUGAAGGAAGCCCAGCUUUCCCUUGGCAAUUUAACAACCAGGACUUUGUUAAACUGCGAAACUACUGCCUGCAUCAGGGCCUGCUUUUUGAAGAUGAUACAUUCCCAGCAAAUAGUGAUUCCAUUGGACUUAACUUGCUUCCACGAGGGACACUGGGAAAAGUACAGUGGUUUAGACCACCUGAGCUGGUCGGAAAUCCAAGUUUGUUUGUGGAUGGAAUAAGUCGAUUUGAUAUUAUUCAAGGAGAAAAAAUAGGUAACUGUUGGGUUUUGGCAGCUCUGGGUUCUUUGACCCAACAACAGCAGUUCCUGGGAAAUGUGAUUCCUAAAGACCAAGGAUUUAAUUACACUUAUGCAGGGAUUUUUCAUUUUCAGUUCUGGUACUUUGGAGGCUGGGUCGAUGUGGUGGUAGAUGACCAACUGCCUUUCCUCGAUGGGAAAUACUUAUCAGUUCAUCCCCGCAGCACGAACGAGUUCUGGCCACCUCUUCUUGAGAAAGCUUAUGCCAAACUGCGUGGUUCUUACGAGAAGCUGCACUUUGGCUAUAUCUCAGAAGCUUUGGUGGAUCUCACAGGUGGGGUCCAGCUGCCUUUCGAUCUUAGGAGUCCUCCUACUCAUCUGUUUGAAAUAAUGAAAACAGCUGCUUUGUCAGGCAGUCUCAUGGCAUGCAACACUCCUAAAAGGGCUUCCAGUUGGUUUCUGGAGCACCUUCUUCCAUACGUUCCUGCUUCAUGCCUGUCAUCCAAGGCACUAUUUCAGACCUCUUGGUUGGUGAAGAUAACGCCAAGUUGUAGAAUUAUUUCUGUGGUUCCAUCCAGUUGUAAAAUGCUCUGCCAACAGAGAUUAUUCAGGACUAUUUAUACUGCUUCCAGUGAGCUUAUCCUGAGUAACCAAGUAUUGAAGAAUGGAAUUGUGCAGCAACAUGUCUACACUGUUAUAGAGGCCAGAGAGGUUCCUUACAUGGAUGGGAAAGAAGAUUUAAUCAAACUAUGGAAUCCUUGGGGCUCUGUGGAAUGGAAUGGAGCUUGGAGUGAUCAAUCUGUGGAGUGGGAUCGAGUCCCUCAACAAUUCAAGACAGAAUUCUAUGUGAAGAGGGCUGAUGGUGAAUUCUGGAUGUCAUUUAAAGAUUUCAGAGACAAUUUUUCAUACCUGUUUGUUUGCGAUAACAUGCCCACAUUCCUGGAUUUUGGUGAGGAGAGCAAUACUUCUUGGUCUAUGGUUCAAUAUAGCAACCAAUUCUCUCCAGAAGGGAGCAACUAUCCAAGUGCUCUUUCAAGAAAUCAUCAAUAUUCCAUCAAAGUUCCAGAGUUUAUGAUGAGAAAAAACAAUGUUGUAGUAGCAUUGACACAAAGACCUGCAAAUAACUCACGGGAGCUGGGGUCUAUAGGUUUCCGGAUAGAAAAGGAUGAGCUACAGGGUAGAACCACAGUUCAUGCCAUACCACCUAGUUUAAGACGAGAUGUCACCAAUGACUACCUACUGGAACCUGGAGAUUACAUCAUUGUUCCAACUACAUCACUACAAAGCCAAGCACCUAACUUCCUUCUGCGAAUCUUUCUAAAAAGUCAAGGCAAUCUAAGGGAACCAAACAUGGAAUUCAGUUCAGUGAUGACAAAGCACCCGAGGGGCCCAUCCAUCUCCCCGCAAGGCCUGGGAGAACAACCAGAUCUUCAGGGUUUACAGCAUGACCGCAGGGAUAUGCUCAAGUGGAAUCCAGACGACUAUGAAAGCAUCUUCUUAAGUUAUGCUUAUCAGAACUCCUACUUAGAUGCCUCACAGUUACAAAGGAUUCUGAAUGAAGUUCUCCUGAAAGAUCUAAUGGCUGGUCUGGGAACUGGAGAUGGAUUCAGCUUUGAUUCAUGCAAAAGCCUUUUAGCUCUGAUGGAUAUCAAUACUAAUGGAAAACUUUCACUCCAAGAAUUCGAAAGGCUGUGGAGGGCUUUCAGGAAAUAUGAGGAUUUAUUUAGAAGAGAAGAUGAAAAUAAUUCCGGAUACCUAAAUGUUUCAGACCUGCAAAGAGCUGUGCAAGAAACAGGCCAGUAUGUCAAUGAUGAGCUCCUCCGGCUCCUGGUCAUGCGGUAUGGAGACUCUGCCCAGAGGAUAAACUUUCCUGAUUUUGUGUGCUGUAUGUUUCGUCUUGAGACAAUGGCAAAGGCAUUCCACAAUUUAUCCCAAAAUAGAGGAAGAAUCUUUUUAACUGAAGAUGAGUGGAUGACCAUGAUCAUGUAUUGCUGAUCUGAUGAUACAGCUUUCUAAAUAUGGUAAGAAUUUGCCCAAAUAUUCUUAGAAUUAUUUCUUGCUUUUAGGCAAAUUGUAACCCUAAAAUUUAUUUUGUUUAAAAAUAUAGCAAAACAAGGGUUAUGCAUGUAUGGCAGAACUGGAUUUUUAUCCUUAAAUACUAUGUAUACUUUUGAUCAUUGAUGCAUCAACAUAAUGCAAGAAAAAGAGUUUGGAUUUAAUUCUCAUUCCCUUUUUUAGGCUGCUCACUUUUCAGAGUUUCAAAAGAAAAUUUCUGAUUGAGAAGGCCUAUUUAAUUGGAGAUGAGACAGAAACAGUCAAGGGCUUCAAGCAAUCUAGACAUAAUCAGGAGAAUAAAAAUAAAACCCACAGAAGAUAAUGGUGGAAAUGUGCAGAAAAGAUGUUUGUUUCCAUACAAAUGUCUUGGGAUAACUUCUUACUUAAAAAUAAUCCAAACUAGAGUUAAUCAAAAAUUGUUCAAUGCAAUACAUACUUAACUUAAAAUUAAAUCUA